UCUGGUCAGGCAGGGAAACUUCCCGGAUUAGCACUAAACUGCCUAAUAAACCUCAGGGCACUGGCUCCUCUCACUUCGGGCAGGUCGUGCCAUAAAGGCAGUUGGGCUACCGGGAUUCACUUCUUGGCUAAUCGCUGGGCAGCACCUCCCGCUGUCAUCCAGUCCGGUCUCUUCUAAUCCCGCCCCUUGCACCUGACCUGUUGUACGCAACACCGCGCCCUCCCAUAUUAGAGCUUUGCGCUCUCACCGUUUUUGCAACUGUCAGUUCUCCUUCCCACAGCAGCAUCUGCUGCCCACCAGUCCUACCAGCUCCUGCCCAGCCGCCUGUACACAUGGAUGCCUCAGAGGUGCGCUACUGCUCCCGCCUCAACUACCUCUGCCUUAAAUUUGCCCUGGUUGUCUACUGCACCGUGUUCUGGCUUAUAGGGGCAUUUGUUCUGGUCGUUGGUAUUUAUGCUGAGGUGGAGAGACAAAGGUUCAGGACUCUGCAUGGGAUCUUCCUAGCUCCAUCUAUUAUCCUCAUCCUCCUGGGGGUGGUCAUGUUUGUGGUAUCGUUUAUUGGUGUCCUGGCCUCCCUCCGUGAUAACCUGUGCCUGCUGAAGGUGUUCAUGUACACCCUGAGUGUCUGCUUGAUGUUGGAACUUAUUGGAGGAAUCAUCGCUCUGAUCUUCAGGCACCAGACCAUGGAUCUUCUCAACAGUAACAUUAGGAGGGGAAUCCGGAAUUAUUACGACGAUCUUGACUUCAAAAACAUAAUGGACUACGCUCAAAAACAGUUCAGAUGUUGCGGCGGAAAAGACUACUUAGACUGGAAACAGAAUGAAUACCAUGAGUGCUCUGCCCCUGGACCCCUUGCCUGCGGAGUUCCUUAUACCUGCUGUAUCCACAACAAGACAGAUUUAAUGAACACCUUGUGCGGCUAUAAAGCCAUGAAUCUUGAUCGCCUGGAUGCAAUUAAGAUUAUUUAUGUUCGUGGAUGUACAGAUGCAGUGAUUAUCUGGUUUCUAGAUAAUUACACUAUCAUUGCAGGUGUCCUGCUGGGUAUCCUCUUCCCACAGUUCCUCGGUAUCUUGCUCUGCCUUCUCUAUAUCACUCGUAUUGAGGACAUUAUCAAUGAGUGGGACAGUUCUGAAGUUCUCCUGGAAGGGGAAUCCGUCAAACGUGAGAUUGAAUUUUCAAAAAAGGGCUGUUGCCGUUGCUACCCGGGUAUGGAAUCAACAGCUUGAUGGUGCGUGAAAUGGACCGUGCUAAGUCUACUUCUCCUACAUAAACCGCUUUGUAACAGGACUUCGCUAACUACCACUAAAGUUGUAAAGUUUGUUUGGAAGCCUGUUGAUAUAGUAACAGUUAUGAUUAUGAUUAGGGCUAAAAACUAAAUAUUCCAGUGUCAUUGCAACUUAUGCGCUGUUGGAGAGACUAUUGGUGCGGAUGGACAUAGGGGGUUAUUUACUAAACUCUGAAUGCAAAAAUCACGAAAAAUUUGUGAUUUUUUUGUUAUAAAAUCAGACU